AUGGCUUCUAAUUACUGCUAUUGCUAUACUCUUCUUUUACGUCAGAGUUAUAAUCAUUAUAUUCACAAAAAUAUGGAAAGAGAAACACCGAUAGAAUGCUCAAUUUCAUCAUAUUCAAAAUCAGUUCAAAUCGUUUUAGAUAAUAAAGAAUUAAUUGAAGAAGCUACAUUUAUAGUUUUCAUUUAUUAUUUCUUACGAAAGCGUCCAUCAUUUCAAGAAUAUAUCAAAUCUUUAAAUUCUGAAAAAUUUCUUGCAAGAAUUGGAGGUGUUUUUGGCAAAGCAAAGGCAUAUACUGUCCAUCUAUACUUUCCUGGUUUACUUAUUCCUAAAUAUGAAUGUCAAGACUUGUUUUAUAGCAGCUUGUACAAACAUUAUUUUACAACAGAAAGUAUAGUAGAGAAAUGGCACAUGAAAAUGGUUAUUGACAAUUAUCUAAUUAAAGAUUGGAUAGACGAAUAUAAAAAAAAUAAAAAGGAAUUGGAAGUAAAUUCUAUUGAUAAAUUUUGGAAUAAAAAUUCCGAAAAAUUUUGGAACAAAGGCAUAAUGAAUGGAAACAUAGAAGAUGCGAAUUAUGAAAAAGAAUUAAUUGAGGUUAUUAAAAUAGAAUAUUAA